AUGAACAAGGAAAAAGAUCUAGGUGAGUUUUGAUAUAUAAGAAGGCAUUUACAUUGAACUAUUUGUAAAAUUUUUUUAUCAAAAUUUUUGUAAAAUACGGCAAAAAUAACAAGGUAAAAAAAUGUUUUUCUGGUUUUUUUAAAUUUUAAACUUUGAAAAUUUCAAAGUUUAAAUUUAUCUUACAAUUUCUAGACCCAAACCAAGUAGAAGACGAAGAUGAAUUUGACGAAGAGCUAGACUAUGAUGAUGAUGACAGUUCGGAUUCAGAAAGAUUUCUUCUAUUCAAUUAUGCAAAUGCACCGACCACCUCGACUGCAGCACCUCAUUUUCGACUCGAAUUAAGCGCUUUGGAUGCUGACAGUGGGGAUUCCAGUACACUGGCGUCUGUGACAUUUCGUGGUACUAAGGACUAUGAGCAGUUGGUUCAGGAUGUAAGUUUAUCUUUGGAAUUUUUUUGAAUUUUAGAUGUUUUGGAUGAUAUGAUAAGCUUGGUAUUAUAUAGCACUUUUUGAACUAUAAAUUAGGUUCUAGUACCGAUUAGUCAUUCUAUUUUUGGGUAGGCAUGGAGUUUAUAAAUUAUGAAAUAUAAGUUCGUAAAUAGCAUUAAAUACAACAUAAUACUUAGCACUAUUAGUACCAAUGGUUUUUAUUGCUUUUCUAUAGCACUACUGGUCUUAG